GAAUCUCCAGUAUUUAAGGGUGGGGAAAAGAUAAUGCCUAACCACUCAAACUGAAGAUGAUAACAUGGGGUACAUGCAUUUUGGGUACACAUUUUUGGAAUUUUGUGGCAUAUUAUUAUGAAAGUAACACAAACAUUUAUUUCAAAAUAUUUUAAAUGAGUCCUGUUUAUAAUUAUGACCAUAUUUGCACUUUUCUUGACACUACAAACACCUUGCCUGGUAUCUGGCCGAAUAAUAUACUAGUGACAUCAAAUACAAGGCAAGUUCGCCAGUUUCGUAAAAAGUAUAUCUAACGGAAAUGAGUUUGGUAUUUUAUUUAUUACCCACUUUCAAACACAAAUCUGUAAAUAUCAACAUUUUGGGUAGAACCCUCUGCUCUACAAUUUGUAAAACUGGUAUAGUAAUGUAAGGGUGACAAUACAAAUUUCAGCCAAUUACAAUAGGUCUAAUAAUGUUUAAUUUGUCAACCUAUAAUCCAAAUAUUAACACAGGUUUAUAUUUACCAAUGUUGUAGAUUCCGCUUUGGAGUAAGCAAGUAACAGUGGGCGUGUGUGGGUGUGCGUGUUGCACAUCUUUGGUAUGGUUCGCAUUCUGGAUGUGGCUCACCAGCGAUUCCCCAGCCCAGCACAAACGGAUAUCUGAAAUUGAGAAGAAAUAUAUAGAACACUGUUUGAAAGACAGCGCUAGGUCUUCUGAGGAUGAGGCAUUGAAUAUUCCAUGGAAGAAGAUAGCAAUGUCACUUCCGGUGUGGGCUAUUAUCGUGAGCAACACAACGUCGGAUUGGGGCGCAUACACCCUGAUGACCAACAUUCCGACAUACAUGAAGGAAGUACUCAAGUUUGACAUAGCCGCGAAUGGUUUACUGUCGGCUCUGCCGUAUAUCAUCUUCUGGUUGUUGAUCAACGUGUCGGGGUGGCUGGCUGAUUUUGUCAGGAAGAAAAGAAUACUCUCGACAACAGUCACAAGGAAAUCAUUCGACGCAUUCGGUAAAAUUGUUCCAGCUAUAAUGUUGAUCGGCCUGGGGUACGUGGAUUGCACCCAGCCUGUCACGGGCGUUGUUCUUUUGAUGCUCGGUGUCUGUCUCACAGGUUUUCAAUACAGCGGGUUCGUAGUGAACCACGUCGACAUCGCUCCGGCUUACGCUGGCAUCCUUUUCGGCAUAUCCAACUCUAUUGCGGCGGUCACAGGAUUUAUCUCCCCUGUUGUAGUGGGAGUCAUAACAACCAAAGGACAAACAAGAACUGAAUGGCAAUAUGUGUUUUUCAUUUCUGCCGCUAUAUAUGUCUUUGGCGCCAUUUUCUAUAUUAUCUUCGCAUCAGGAGAGCUCCAGCCAUGGGCGCGAAGUACACAGGAACCAGAAGGCAAUGCCAUGGUACACCUGGAAGGUGACAAGAACAGGAAAUAUGAAGAACACGACGACAUGAUGAAAAAUCACGACUAUUGAAGAAGAAACCCGUAAUGAUAACGUACCUUUGUUAAAAGAAGACCUGUUAAUAUUAUAUUUGUGGGAUAAAACUUUAUAUUAGAUUACAUCAUUGUUAGAAAGUUGUUGGUGGUAUUAUAAUGAUAAAUAAAACAUUUGAUCAUAUUUCAACUCAA